GACGCCCAGGCGGAGUUUAGCGACACACACUCAACUAAACAGCUCAACCGUUUAAAUGCCAGCGUGCUAGGCCAAAUCCCCAGCUUUCACCGACGACGUCUCGGACACCGCCGCGGCUUGUUUUCUUUUGCGGGUGUUUCGGAAGGGUGUUUGAACUUCCCUCACAUUUUCCCCCCCAACGUAUUUUCACGAAGGGAGGCGGCGGUGGAGCGCUCGGCAGCCAUCUUUGGACCUGCCUGGGAGUGGGAUCUACUGACUACUCUGGCACCCCAGUUACUUCAAGGGUGGGGAUUUUAACCUACAGUUAUACACGAAUGUGCGCCUUAUAAUCGACUGACAGCGUGAAAAACCGCAAGAAUUCAGCGCACGAAACCGCCUCGCCGGGGAUGAGACGGCAGGAACACUUUUAUAAUCCCAAACUGUUUUGAAUUACGCGACAUUCUCCACGGCGCUGAAAGCCCUGGCCUGUCAGAAGAGGCUCUGAACACAUAUGAAACCACUGUCCUGCAGAUGAGCCACCAGUGGGGGCUUUCGCGUCGCUGUCGCAGACCCAGAUAGUUCCUGGCGGCAGCGGCAUUGCCCCCAACUCCCCAUUAUGCCCAACAGCAGUCGGGCGGGGAGCCUGAAGGACCCCGAAGUAGCUGAGCUGUUCUUCAAGGAGGACCCAGAAAAGCUCUUCUCGGAUCUGCGGGAAAUUGGACAUGGCAGCUUUGGUGCUGUAUAUUUUGCACGGGAUGUGCGGACAAAUGAGGUGGUGGCCAUCAAGAAGAUGUCCUACAGUGGGAAGCAGUCCACUGAGAAAUGGCAAGACAUAAUCAAGGAGGUGAAAUUCCUGCAGAGAAUACAACAUCCAAACAGCAUAGAGUACAAAGGAUGUUACCUGCGAGAGCACACUGCUUGGCUGGUAAUGGAGUAUUGUCUAGGCUCUGCUUCAGAUUUGCUAGAAGUUCACAAGAAACCUCUGCAAGAAGUUGAAAUAGCUGCAAUUACCCAUGGUGCUCUUCAAGGGCUGGCUUAUCUUCACUCCCACAACAUGAUUCACCGAGAUAUCAAGGCAGGAAACAUCUUGCUGACAGAGCCAGGGCAGGUAAAACUAGCAGAUUUUGGAUCGGCCUCCAUUGCCUGUCCUGCAAACUCCUUUGUUGGGACUCCAUAUUGGAUGGCCCCAGAAGUAAUUUUAGCUAUGGAUGAGGGUCAGUAUGAUGGAAAGGUGGACAUUUGGUCUUUGGGAAUAACCUGCAUUGAAUUAGCUGAGAGGAAGCCUCCACUGUUCAACAUGAAUGCAAUGAGUGCCUUAUACCAUAUAGCACAGAAUGAGAGCCCUGCACUGCAGCCCAGCGAAUGGACGGAUUAUUUCCGAAACUUUGUAGAUUCUUGCCUUCAGAAAUUUCCCCAGGAUAGGCCGAACUCUGAGGAGCUCUUAAAGCACGCAUUUGUCCAGCGUGAGAGACCAGAAUCAGUUCUAAUAGAUCUGAUAAAUCGAACUAAAGAUGCCGUGCGGGAGCUAGACAAUCUGCAGUAUCGUAAAAUGAAGAAGAUCUUGUUUCAGGAAGCCCACAAUGGCCCUACAACUGAGGCGCAAGAUGAGGAAGAGGAGCCAGAACACAGUGUGGGUAGGACGGGUACAGUGAACAGUGUAGGGAGCAACCAAUCCAUCCCCAGUAUGUCAAUCAGUGCCAGUUCCCAGAGCAGCUCCGUCAAUAGCCUAACAGACGCAGGCGAUGACAAGAGUGAGGUGGACAUGGAGGGAGACCACACAGUGAUGUCCAACAGCUCUGUCAUACAUCUGAAACCUGAGGAAGAGACGCGUAAUGAAGAGUCAGAGCCUCACAACCGGCCAACUGAGCCACAGUCCCCUCCUGCACACACUCCACGGCCAAAACGAAACCGCGAACACUUUGCUACUAUACGCACAGCUUCAGUGCUCACUCGCCAGAUUAAGGAGCAUGAGCAGGAUUCUGAAUUAAGGGAACAGAUAUUGGGCUACAAGCGCAUGAGGCGGCAGCAUCAGAAACAGCUGAUGGCUCUGGAAAACAAGCUGAAGGCUGAAAUGGAUGAGCACAGACUCCGUCUGGACAAGGAGCUGGAGAAUCAGAGGAAUAGUUUUGCCCAGGAGAUGGAGAAAUUGGUCAAGAAACACCAGGGGUCCAUGGAGAAAGAUGCUAAAACCUUUAGUAAUGAUGAAAAGAAGUUCCAACAGCAUAUCCAGAGUCAGCAGAAGAAAGAGCUGAACAGCUUCCUAGAAUCCCAGAAACGGGAAUACAAACUUCGCAAGGAGCAACUGAAAGAGGAAUUGAAUGAAAACCAGUCGACACCCAAGAAAGAGAAGCAGGAGUGGUUGUCCAAGCAGAAGGAGAACUUCCAGCACUUCCAAGCAGAGGAAGAGGCCAAUUUACAGCGCAGACAGAGGCAGUACCUGGAGCUGGAGUGCCGCAGAUUCAAACGGAGGAUCUUGAUUGCUCGUCACAACAUUGAACAGGACCUAGUGCGAGAGGAGCUAAAUAAGCGUCAGACCCAGAAGGAUUUGGAACACGCCAUGCUUCUCCGGCACCAUGAGUCCAUGCAAGAGCUGGAGUUCCGCCAGCUCAACACCAUCCAAAAAACAAGGGCUGAGCUGAUCCGCCUGCAGCACCAGACGGAGCUCACCAAUCAGCAGGAGUACAACAAGAGGAGGGAGCGAGAACUUAGGCGCAAGCAUGUCAUGGAGGUCCGCCAGCAACCCAAGAGCCUCAAGUCCAAAGAGCUACAGAUCAAGAAGCAGUUCCAGGACACAUGUAAGAUCCAGACCAGACAGUAUAAAGCACUGAGGAACCAUCUGCUGGAGACUACACCAAAGUCAGAGCACAAAGCUGUCCUUAAACGCCUGAAGCAGGAGCAACACCGCAAACUUGCCAUCUUGGCAGAGCAGUAUGACCACUCCAUCAAUGAAAUGCUUUCUACUCAGGCGCUACGUCUGGAUGAGACUCAGGAGGCUCAGUGCCAAGGCCUACGAAUGCAGCUACAGCAGGAGCUGGAGCUUCUCAAUGCCUACCAGAGCAAGAUCAAGAUGCAGACGGAUGCCCAGCAUGACCGUGAGAGGAAGGAUCUGGAGCAAAGAGUGUCACUCCGAAGGGCCCUGCUGGAACAAAAGAUUGAGGAAGAGAUGCUGUCCUUGCAGAAUGAACGCUCGGAGCGAAUUCGGAGCCUGCUGGAACGCCAAGCCAGAGAAGUUGAGGCUUUUGACUCAGAGAGUAUGCGCCUAGGCUUCAGCAACAUGGUGCUAUCAAACAUCUCCCCAGAAGCCCUUAGCAAUAGCUUUCCCGGUGCUCCAGGAAGUUGGAGUCACCAUCAGCCGCAGCACCCAUCUGGGAGCUCUCAUGGGCCACACUGGGGCAGCGGCAGUUUGGGUGCAGGGUCAAGCCACCAAGGCAGCCAUCACCACUAUCACUCCAGUCCGGGAGGGGCACCUAUGCAGCAAGGCUGGGGGCAGGGCAUGCAGGGAGGAGGGGGUCCACGGCCGUGGGGCCACCCGUCAUCUGGAUCCCUGGUCUCUCGCAAUAGUGGAGGUAUCCAGAACAGCCCCCAAGCAAUGGGGAGGACAUCCUCAGGAGGGGCAAGGGGCGAGCAGGGCAUGAGCAGGAGCACCAGUGUCACCUCUCAGAUAUCUAACGGGUCACACCUCUCCUACACAUAGAUCCUCCAUCGACCCUGGAGUUAAGAGUUUGAGCGUGGAGAUGUAGAAUCCAACAAACACAGCAGGACAGAGUAUUGGCUGAGCUCUGCUGCUCUGUCUCUCUGUCUCUCUCUGUGACACUUACCCUACCAUUUCUCCCAUGUACAGAUGUGGAUGUGUGAUGAAAUAAAUGUUGCUCAGGUCAAAAGGGCUGGAAAAGGCACAGCCUGUCCUCACGGCAGUUUAUCGGCACACAUACAAAUCCUUAAAUUUAUGUUACAUAAGCAACUUGAGUGUCAACAUGUUACUCCCAUUUGUUUUUAUUUACAGUUCUCUCCUACGGAGGAUUUUUUUUAAAACAUACGUUUGUGCUAUUCACAGCCAUUGCUCUCAUUUUGCACAUGAAGCACUGUUAAAAUGCCUUUGACACGUGUUAACUAUGUCCUUAGAAAUGUGGUAUCAAUCACAGUAAACUGAGUUACUUCAGGAUCCUUCCCCUCCUCCAAUAUCCCCAUUCAUACACAGUAAUACACUGGCCAAUCCUCUGACGGUGGUUAAAAUCGCAGCAGCCCUAACUGAAGAUGCUUUGCUGAUGUGAUACCAGCCUGCUGUAAUGGUCAUUGGGAUAAAUUAGAUGCCUCCUUUUA